AUGCGUGAAAAAAGAGCUGCAGAAUUACCUGAUAUUAGGGAGAAGAGAUUGCUGGAUGUACGAGAACGAAAUAAAGUGAAAAAACAAAAAUUUCUAUCAGAAAGGCAAGAUAGUCAGGAACCACGAUUGGACGAUCAAAAAAAUGCCUGCAAUAUUGGAUCUUCUGAACUGACAGCCGCCACGCGUGUGAAGCAUAGCUUAGAGCUUCAACAUGUUUGCGACAACGAAAUAAUGAAUGAAGCGGAAGGAAAGCAAGAAGCUAACAGACAGCAAAUGAGCGAGGCUCAGAACUAUGCAGAAAUUGUUAUUGUAGAAACAGAAGAAGAGCAACAACAUCGUUUGGAAUAUUUGGCACAAAAUCGAAGUAAUAAAGUAACGAAAACUCACCAGGUUGCUCAGAAACUAUUGAAGAACGAAGAUUCUGUUCCUGUUCAUCACUGUGGGAAAAUGGAUGAAAUUUGUAAUUACUGUGGCGCAAGACAUUUUAAAGGAGAAAAAGCGUCUGAUCGAAAAUUCAGCAUUUGUUGUUCAAAAGGAAAAGUCAUUCUUCCUCCUCCUAAAGAUUGCCCUGAAUUGCUUUACCAUCUGUUUACUAACAAUCAUCCAAAAUCACCACAUUUUAUUAAAAUGAUAAGAAAUUACAACAAUGCUCUUGUCUUUGCAUCAAUCGGAGCACAAAUCGACCAUCUACCAGGUCGAGGCCCGUAUUGUUUCCGAAUUCAUGGACAGAUGUAUCACGAUACAACAGCCGUUCGAUACCAAAACGAAGACUCUUUAAAUCAUCCCGCUCCGAAGUACGCACAACUGUACUUCAUCGAUUCUACUCAAGCGAACGAAUUUCGGUCAAAUAAUCCUGCUAAUGGUCGUUGUGACCCUUUUCUGAUGGCGCAAUUAGAUUCUCUUCUUCGUCAAUGUAAUCCCUAUGCUGUCGUGUAUAAAAACAUGAGACAAAUGGAAACCGAGGAGGAUCUUCUUGCUGAAAUGGAGGGUAGGAUACCCAUGGAAAUUGGAAUGAUUAUCCAUAACGAUCGUCGGACACAGGAUGAAAGGCGCUACAAUAGCCCGACCGCGGAAGAAAUAGCUGUUGUUUUCAAAAGCAUUGAUGGGGCUCCACCGGAAAAUAGAGAUAUACGCGGUCAUCUCCUAAUUCCACAAAGAGGAAAUCGAUUCAUUCGAAUCGAUACCCAAAAACCAAUGUGUGAUCCAAUGACCUAUCCGCUCCUAUUUCCCAAUGGAGAUAAUGGCUGGGAUCAAAACAUGAUUCACAGUAACCCAGCUAUUUCAAACCACUGCCAAACUAAUGAAGACAAUAGCGGAAAAGAAAACAUGACUGAUCGUGAAGCUCAAGUUGUAAGGGAUGCUGCAGAAGAUACUGGAUCAGACGCUGUAGAACCGGAACUGGAACCGGAAGAUUCCCUUGAUAUAGACCCUGAUGCACCUGUACUCAGAAGAAGUAAUCGUCGGUCAAGAAUUACACAAUGCGAGUACUAUAGUAGUAGAAUGUCGAUUCGUGGAUACUUCAAUGCUGCUUUAUAUGGUGGUCCUCUCACUCAGCAAUGGAUAGUUGAUUCGUACGUUAAAGUUGAAGCUAAUCGAGUGAAGUAUCUUCAGACUCAUCAGGCAGAUCUACAUGUCGCACAGUACAAUGGACUUAUGGAUUAUUUGAAUACUCGAGCUGAAAGUGAGAAAAUGACAGUCGGAACAUCGGUUAUUUUACCAUCAUCUUUCAUUGGAAGUCCAAGAGCCAUGAAACAAGGGUACCAAGAUGCGAUGGCUAUUUGCGGAAAAUUUGGAAAGCCGACUUUUUUCCUUACUUUUACAUGUAACCCGAAAUGGCCAGAGAUCACCGACAGCAUUGAAGCUUAUCAAUUUCCAUCUAAUAGGCCAGAUAUUGUUUCAAGAGUUUAUCAAUUGAAACUAAAAGAACUAAUAAAGGACAUUCAAGAACGUCAAAUUUUGGGGAUUAUUGUUGCAAGGAUUCAUGUCAUUGAAUUCCAAAAGCGCGGUCUUCCCCAUGUCCAUCUACUAAUGUGGGUAGAUGCCAGUGACGUUCCAAUGACUGAAGACGAUAUAGACAAGACUAUUUGUGCUGAGAUUCCGGAUCCAGUUAAGAGCCCAAGACUUCACAAGAUUGUAAUGAGCAACAUGAUUCACGGUCCAUGCGGAAAAGACAUUAAUCGCAAUUCUCCUUGCAUGGAUGGUGACAUUUGCACAAAAUCUUUUCCAAAACCGUUUGCGGAAGUAACGGUUAUCAACGGAAAUGGAUAUCCUACUUAUCGGAGGAGAAAUACCGGUCGCAGCUACUCGCUAAACAACAGCAGCAGCAGUCAUCGAGUGGAUAAUAGCUGGGUCGUCCCUUACAACUCUUACCUUUCACUAAAGUUCAACUCACACAUCAAUCUUGAGUUUUGCGCGUCCAUUACCAGCAUUAAGUAUAUUUUCAAGUACAUAUACAAAGGACAUGAUUGCGCAAAUAUUCAGAUAAGCAGAGGAGAAAAUCAAGAAGGUCAACAACGCAUUGUAUGGGACGAAAUAACUACUUUCUUAGACACGAGAUAUGUCAGUGCCCCUGAAGCCUCUUGGAGAAUUUUCAAGUAUCCACUUUCUUACCGUUCACACGCUGUUAUUCGACUUGCUAUCCAUCUUCCUCAAGAACAAUCAGUUUUUUUUCAUCCAGGAAUGGAAGAGCAAGCAGUAAUGAAUUCUGCCUCACAAUUAACUACUUUAACUGCUUGGUUUAAAUUAAAUUCCACUCAUCCACCAGCUAGGUCUUACUUUUAUCGUGAGAUUCCUCAUCACUUUUGGUUUGACAAGACCGCCCGGAAAUGGAAACCGAGAAAAAAGAGGAUUAACGUCAUUGGCCGCAUUUAUUCCGUUACCGUCAAGCAAGUCGAAAGACACAGUCUACGAUUGCUUCUUAUCAAUGUACCUGGUGCAACCAGCUUCGAAUAUUUGAGGACAGUCAACGGGAUCCUGCAUCCAACAUUCAAAGAAGCUGCCAUAGCAAGAAACCUUUUGGCUGAUGAUAGCGUUUGGGAACGAGUGAUGGCGGAAGCAAUCGAAUUUGAAAUGCCCGUCCAAUUAAGACAAUUGUUUGUCAACAUUUGCGUUCAUUGCUCUCCAACAAACGCUCGGGUACUGUUAGACAAGAACCUUUCAUAUCUCAUGGAAGAUUUUACGAGACGUGGUCAUGAAGAUGAAAUUGCGAAAAACCUUGCGCUGAAAUGUAUUCAAGAUAUGUUGAGGCAAAGUGGUCACAAUCUUGAAGAAUUUCAAUUGGAAGUUCCUGAUUUUCAAAUGAUUCAUCGACUGAUUGAAGAUGGAGAAGAUGAUAGCUCGGACGAAAUGCGUGCUCGAAAGAGGAGAAGAGGAGAACUAAUGGUUGCUCAGCUGAACGUGGAACAGCAAGCAAUCUUUGACCGUGUCAUGACGUCCGUCAAUGAUAACGUUUGUUCUUCUACAAAUCAUCAGUAUUUUUUGGAUGGACCAGGUGGUACUGGAAAAACAUUUCUCUACAAUACACUCAUUAAUGUGCUUGAAGGACAAGGAAAAUCGGUUAUUGCUGUGGCUUCAACUGGAAUCGCUUCAAUUCUGCUGUGUAAUGGGAGCACUUACCAUUCUCGCUUCAAAAUCUAUCCUCCCAUCACGGAAACAACAACAUCAAAAAUAGAAGAGCACCAUAUUGAAGCAAACAACAUAAGGAAAGCCAGUCUGAUUAUCAUUGACGAGGUCACUAUGAUGACGGUACAUGCACUAGACGCCAUCGAUGAACUUUUAAAAAAGGUUACGAAAAAGUCAGUCGCUUUCGGUGGCAAAGUUCUGUUGUUGGGAGGAGAUUUUCGUCAGUGCCUUCCUGUCAUUAAACACGGUAACAGGGUAAAAGUUGUUGAAUCUACCAUUAAAAGCAGCGGGACUUGGAGUGAAAUUUUUAAGUUCCGUUUGACUCGGAAUAUGCGAACCGCGGACGAUAGUCUCGAAUUUGCUAACUGGCUCAUUGAACUUGGAAAUUCAGCUCAUUCAAGAACUGCAGGUCUGGGACCAGAUGCGAUAGAGAUACCUCAGGACUUUCUUCUUAAUGAACAUUCAGAAGAGUCAUUGGUGUAUCAUGUUUUUGGUAACCCCGAAAAUCUACUGCAUUCAGAAACAGAAGAACAAAUUAGCAAUCGGGCUAUUUUGUGUCCUAAAAACGACGACUGCUUAAAGAUCAACAAUUACAUCAUAAGACAGAUGCCAGGACACCGACGAAGGUAUGCCAGCAUGAACUCAAUUGAUUCGGAAGACCCAGAGGAAAUUGCAAAUUUCCCAACCGAGUUUCUUGACACCUUAAAGGUAUCAGGGAUACCACCGCACAUUUUGGAACUAAAAGUGGGUGCAAUAAUCAUCCUUCUUAAAAACAUCGAUUCGCGUCAAGGGCUGUGCAAUGGAACGCGUUUGAUAAUCAAAAGUCUAACGGACAACCUCAUUCAUGCAACCAUAGUUUAA